AUGACUUUAGCGUUUGAAAGGGGCGAAAAGGGCGCGGAGUCGCUAAAUGUCCCUUUAAAAGGAACAAAUAUCUCUUGGAAGUUUUUAAUUGAAACUGCUCAAAAGAGACAAAGCGAGGCGCUGCUGCUGCAGGUCUUCAGGUGUAUAGGCAGCUCCUGCAUGCAAGCAGCAGCAGCAGCAGAACUCCAGAAGAAACACCCCCACACAGGUCUCCCGCUGGACCCCUGGGGCUUCCUCAUGAGCCGCCGUCUCCUUUUGGCCUCCAGAAGGGCCUCUAGGGGGGCCCCCCAGGGGGCCCCCCAAGGGGCCCCCCAAGGGGCCCCCCUAGGGGCCCCCCCGGGGGCCCCCCCGGGGCCCCCGGGGGCCCCCCUGCCCGAUGCUGCCUCGGGGGCCUUUGCAAGGAGGCCCUUCUCUCCUCAGUUUCAACUGCAGCAAAAUGUUUACCAAAAUGUGCAGCAGCAGGAGACACAGGCCCCUCUUGAGGCGCGCAGCAGCAGCAGCAGCAGCAGCAGCAGCAGCGGAAGCAGCAGCAGCAGCAGCAGCAGCAGCAGCAGCAGCAGCAGCAGCGCAGGCCCAUACUUGCUGCACCCCACGUCGAUUCACUUUGUGGGGACAGCAGCAGAACUUGGGAAGCAUUUUGAGUUUCUAAGGAAGCAGCAGCAGCAGCAAAGCCGCAUCAUUUACACGCAGCAAGAGCUGCAGCAGCUAAGGGCCCAGGGGGCCCCCGGGGCCCCAGGGGGGCCCCCAGGGGGGCCCCCAGGGGCCCCGGGGGGCCCCCCAUUCCUGCCCAGUGGGCGGCGCCGCCGGCUGCUGCUGCAGGACUUUCAGCAGCAGGAGCUGCCGCAGUCAGUACCCUCUUGGGGGGCCCCCGGGGGCCCCCCGUGGGGCCCCCUGGGCAGCGGGGGGCCCCCCUGUCAGCGCGAGGCUAGUGAGGGUACAGGGGGCCCCCCCAGCGGCGGGGGCCCCCAAGGGCCAGGGGCUACCCACUCCCCAGGGGGCCCCCACAGCUCAGGGGGCCCCCAAGCCUUUGGGGGCCCCCCAAGAGCUGGCAGCAGCUCAGGAGCCACUGGGUGUUGGGGCCCCCCCGGGGCCCCGGGGCCCCCGGGGCCCCAGGGGCCCCAGGGGCCCCAGGGGCCCCCGUGGGCCCCGGGGGCCCCCGGGGGCCCCCCAGAGGGUUUUGUUUUCCCGCUGGAAGUGGGGGGGGGAGAGCCCGCGGGUUUUGCUGCUGCUGCAGUGGGGCUGAGGGUUUUGGGGGCCCCCCCGUUUUGGGGGUCUUUGCUUUGUGUGGCGUUUGGGUGUGGGGUUUUGGUGGUGGAUUUGCUGCAGCAGCAGCGGGUGUUUGCUGCUGCUGCAGCGCAGCUGCUGCUGCUGCUGCUGCCGAAUCCUCUCUUCUUGAAAGUCCUUUUCGAUGCUUCCGAAACUCUCCAAAGACUUUCUCUCAGUCCCCUUUUUCUCCAACAGCCUCUCCCCCCUUUGGUCCACUCCGUAGACCUCAGGCAGCCCCGAGUGUACAGACUGACGAGGGGCCCCCCAAAAGACCCUUUUGUGCUGCAGCAGGAGUUGCUGCUGGCGGAGGCCCUGCAGCCCGGAAAGGAGGCCCUUUUCAGGCGCUUUCUGCAGCAGCAGCAGCAGCAGCAGCAGCAGCAGCAGCAGGGAGAGCAGCAGCAGCAGCAGCAGCAGGGAGAGCACGCGGGGGAAGGCUCGGAAACGGGGGAAACGGAAACUCUGCUGCUCUCUGUCGCCUCUGUGCCUUCUUCAGGGACCCGCCGUACCCUCAGCAGUUUGCGCCGGGCCGUCUUGGGGGGGCCCCCCGGGGGCCCCCGAGGGGGCCCCCCGGGGGGCCCCCCGGGGGGGCCCCCCAGGGGGGCCCCCGGGGACCUCUGGAGCAGCAGGAAAAUCAAUAAGAGGCCCCUAGACCCCCAAGUGCUGCAGCAAGUGGCAGAAGAGACUUUUUCUUUGCUGCUGAUUGAGCAGCGGCUGCGGCAGCAGCAGCUGGAGCCGAAAGUUAUUUUGGGGGGGUCUGGGGUGCAUGCGCUGCUCUUCGAUAAAACGGCGCCGCCAAACGCCUGGCAAGUGGACAGGGAAAAAUCUGCAGCUGAACUCCGCAAAAACCUCGAAGAGCUUCUGAAACCCUAA